CACACUACUAUUCUCAGUUUGACAGCACAGACGGGCUCUGACAGUAGCCUACCUGUAUGCUGUCUGGUCCUACCACUCUGGUAGUAGCGGCACUUAGGAAGACAUAACGCCAAAGACUGCUGCUACCUACCUGACGACUCGACACGGAGGGGAGACGGCACAAAGGUGCAUGAAGUUUCCAGCAGGCCUAUACAUAUUGUGAAGAUGGACGAUAUCAAUCAGCAGAAUAUGGACAUGAGGCACAAACAAGCCUGCAUCAAUCUGGAAAGGGCCACUCAAUUUAUCACACAAGCAUUAGAGCAUGAAGUAGGUCGAAACCGGGAGUUUUGCAUGUUGAUUCGUCGCCUGGAGGAGAGGAAGGUGGAGACUGAGAGGAGCCUGACGGAGCAUGUGCAGUCAAACAGACAGCUGACGCUGAAGAUUGAAGAACUACAGAAACUCCUGGAGGAAAAAGACAACUCACUCACACUAGCCCACCAGACUGUGGCUCUGCUGGAAAAUGAACUGAAGGACCUGUAUCAACAGUUCCAGACCCAAGAGAGUACACAUCGGACAUUUCAGAAAGUGAAUGAAUGUCUGCAGGACUGGGAGAGCCACCUCAAAGUUGAGAGCUCGCUGGACUUUUCUGACUCAGAGAGGCUGGAGAGUCCCGUGGUGGAGAUUAAAGAGGAAGCAGCAGCUGAGAAUGAUGGCUGUGGAGAGUACCGUCAGCCUGCUGAGGAAACUCACUCCAGAACAGAAUACAGCAUCUGUACAGAUAUCGAUAUGAAGACGGAACUUAUCCAGGAUGAGCAAAAGAAAUCAAACAGAAAUCCAGUCGUGUCCCCUGAAACGCACCUGUCCAGUACAGAACCUGUGUCUCUGGCCCAGUUUAAGGAAGUGUCAGUGGUGCUGGUGGACUGCUCUUGGAGGCAGGAACAGCGUGGAACGGAUGCAGAGGACAAAAGCGAUGACCAGCGAAAAGGGACAUCCAACUCCUCAACUUCACCACCCUCCGGGACACCGGAUAUCCGCAGUGUCCAGCAGACGUCCCCCUCCUCCAUCUCUCCCACCACCGAGACUGAGGAGAGGUUCGAACACGUCUCUGACGUGUGUAAGAAAACAUUUCUGCACAGCCCAACGCUUGGGACGCACCGGCACGUGAACAUGGCAGGGAUGCCUUACACCUACUCCCUAUGUGGCGAGAACUUCACCGUACGUACCGAACUUCUGGACCAUGUGCGCCUCCACUCUGGGGAGAAGCAGUACCUGUGCACCACCUGUGGCAAAACCUUCACCACUGAGGUAAACCUCAAGAGACACCAGUGGACUCACACGGGGAAGAGUCCGCACACCUGUGGCCAGUGCAACAAGAGCUUCACAAGACGACUGACCCUUCUGGAACACCUGCGCGUCCACACCGGGGAGAAGCCGCACCAGUGCGCCACGUGUGGGAAAAGGUUCGCUGCCUAUAAAAACCUCCGGACACAUCAGUGGACUCACACAGGAUGGAGUCCGCACACCUGCGCGCAGUGUGGGAAGGGUUUCCCACGGCGCGAUCGCCUCGAGGACCAUCAGCGCUCUCACUCUCACUCCAGGGAGUUUUCAACACCACAACAGAGCAAAGGCAGUACGUAGACUGUCUAAAACAAACAAAAAGGGUCAUGUUCCCAGCUGGAAGAGCAAUGUUACAAUGCAAUGCAAUGCAAUGCAAUACCAGAGGUGCAUUCAAAUUUGGAAACAUAGGCGAACGUUUGCCAACGGGUUUCUGCUUGCCUUGAGUUUUUGGCAAACGUGUUCGCCACAAACGCUUGCCACUGUUUGCCUAAUUUGAAUGCGCCUCAACCACAAAACACAUCAGGAAUUUGUCAUAACGUUUAAAGAGGAUACAAUAACCCAAAAAUUUUAAAAUAUACAUGUGUUUAUUUCAUUAUAUAUUCACAUCACAAAGCAACAGUGCAAUCAAUUUUGCACAGAGUAGGCUAAUGUGAAGUGUCUCAGCACCUCAUAACGAACUUGCCGAAAGAAAUAGGACAUUGUAACACAAUGACACAAUUUGGGAGACGCAGUGUAAGACACCCUGGUAAAGCUACUCCACACCAGGGGGAAACCAGAAAGUUCCAACUUUCUGGUGGAAAUCUGACCAUAAAAUGGUAUAUAAUUGUAUACAGUGGAGGUGCCCAUUGUCAUAAAUUGUACAGAAACAUGAAAAACCUGAAGGGGAUAAUUCAUGUCGCAGCUUUUUGAGCAAUGUUGCUGGGCCACUACAUAACCAUUUCCAUGUGUUCUGAUUGGAUGAAAAUUUGCCUACUGAUGAUUAAAGUUCCCCUGCAACAUUGCACAAAAAGUUGCUUAAGAGGAUAUAAAAAAAUUGCUCCGGUACAAAAAUACAUUGGAUGAGGUUAUAAAGGCAAAGGGAGGACAAACAUACAGAACAUGUCAUAGAGAGGGAUGCUAAUGUUUGCACUGGCACAAUUUCUACGAUUUGUAAAAAACUGACCAUGCAAUAAAUAUUGUGUUAACAAUGA